AUGGCAAGUAUGGUGGCCACUAUGUAUGGUGGUCGCUAUGGCAAGUAUGGUGGCCACUAUGGCAAGUAUGGUGGCCACUAUGGCAAGUAUGGUGGUCGCUAUGGCAAGUAUGGUGGCCACUAUGGUAAGUAUGGUGGCCGCUAUGGCAAGUAUGGUGGCCACUAUGACAAGUAUGGUGGCCGCUAUGGCAAGUAUGGUGGCCACUAUGGUAAGUAUGGUGGCCGCUAUGGCAAGUAUGGUGGUCGCUAUGGCAAGUAUGGUGGCCGCUAUGGCAAGUAUGGUGGCCACUAUGGUAAGUAUGGUGGCCACUAUGGCAAGUAUGGUGGUCGCUAUGGCAAGUAUGGUGGUCGCUAUGGUAAGUAUGGUGGUCGCUAUGGCAAGUAUGGUGGUCGCUAUGGUAAGUAUGGUGGUCGCUAUGGUAAGUAUGGUGGUCGCUAUGGCAAGUAUGGUGGUCGCUAUGGCAAGUAUGGUGGCCGCUAUGGCAAGUAUGGUGGUCGCUAUGGCAAGUAUGGUGGUCGCUAUGGUAAGUAUGGUGGUCGCAAUGGCAAGUAUGGUGGUCGCUAUGGCAAGUAUGGUGGCCACUAUGGCAAGUAUGGUGGUCGCUAUGGCAAGUAUGGUGGUCGCUAUGGCAAGUAUGGUGGCCGCUAUGGCAAGUAUGGUGGUCGCUAUGGCAAGUAUGGUGGUCGCUAUGGCAAGUAUGGUGGCCACUAUGGCAAAACGAAAUGGUAA